CCCGCCGCCCCAGACGCCCAGGACAGCCCCCUUUCCCCGCCCCCCGCCCCCUUUCCCGGUCCGGGCCAUGGAUCUGACCAGCAGCUCGGGCGGCGGCGGCGACCCCCGGCAGAUCGAAGAGACCAAGCCGCUGCUGGGGGGAGACAUGUCGGCCCCCGAGGGCACGAAGAUGGGCGCCGUGCCCUGCCGCCGGGCCCUGCUGCUCUGCAACGGGAUGAGGUACAAACUGCUGCAGGAGGGCGACAUCCAGGUCUGUGUCAUCCGGCACCCGCGGACCUUUCUCAGCAAGAUCCUCACCUCGAAAUUCUUGAGGCGCUGGGAGCCGCACCACCUAACACUGGCCGACAACAGCCUGGCGUCCGCCACGCCAACUGGGUACAUGGAAAACUCCGUUUCCUACAGUGCUAUUGAAGAUGUUCAGCUGCUGUCCUGGGAGAACGCUCCGAAGUACUGUUUACAGCUCACCAUUCCUGGGGGGACUGUCUUACUGCAGGCCGCCAACAGCUACCUGCGAGACCAGUGGUUCCAUUCUCUGCAGUGGAAGAAAAAGAUUUACAAAUACAAGAAAGUCCUGAGCAACCCAAGCCGCUGGGAAGUCGUCUUGAAAGAGAUCCGUACUCUGGUGGACAUGGCCCUGACAUCCCCUCUGCAGGACGACUCCAUCAACCAAGCCCCACUGGAAAUCGUCUCCAAACUGCUCUCAGAGAACACGAACUUGACUACCCAAGAGCAUGAAAACAUCAUUGUGGCCAUCGCUCCUUUGCUGGAAAACAACCACCCACCACCAGAUCUCUGUGAAUUCUUCUGCAAGCACUGCAGAGAGCGGCCCCGGUCCAUGGUGGUCAUCGAAGUGUUCACUCCUGUGGUCCAGCGAAUCCUCAAGCAUAACAUGGACUUUGGGAAGUGCCCUCGACUGAGGCUGUUCACUCAGGAGUACAUCCUUGCCUUGAACGAACUCAACGCAGGCAUGGAAGUGGUGAAGAAGUUUAUUCAGAGUAUGCACGGCCCCACAGGGCACUGUCCCCACCCCCGGGUCCUGCCCAACCUGGUGGCUGUGUGCCUGGCCGCUAUCUACUCCUGCUAUGAAGAGUUCAUCAACAGCCGCGAUAACUCGCCCAGCCUGAAGGAAAUCCGGAACGGCUGCCAGCAGCCAUGCGACCGGAAGCCCACCUUACCUCUGCGCCUUCUGCACCCCAGCCCAGACCUGGUGUCUCAGGAAGCCACGCUGUCCGAGGCGCGCCUCAAGUCGGUGGUCGUGGCCUCCAGCGAGAUCCACGUGGAGGUGGAGCGCACCAGCACUGCCACGCCGGCGCUGACGGCCAGUGCGGGCAAUGACAGCGAGCCCAACCUCAUCGACUGCCUCAUGGUCAGCCCCGCCUGCAGCACCAUGAGCAUCGAGCUGGGCCCCCAAGCUGACCGCACCCUCGGCUGCUACGUGGAGAUCCUCAAGCUGCUGUCAGACUACGAUGACUGGAGACCAUCUCUGGCCAGCUUGCUUCAACCCAUUCCAUUCCCCAAAGAAGCUCUCGCACAUGAGAAGUUCACCCAGGAACUGAAGUAUGUGAUCCAGAGGUUUGCGGAAGACCCACGGCAAGAGGUCCACUCAUGCCUGCUGAGCGUGCGGGCCGGCAAGGAUGGCUGGUUCCAACUCUACAGCCCUGGGGGGGUGGCCUGUGAUGACGACGGGGAGCUGUUUGCCAGCAUGGUGCACAUCCUCAUGGGCUCCUGUUAUAAGACCAAAAAGUUCCUGCUCUCCCUGGCAGAAAACAAGCUGGGACCCUGCAUGCUGCUGGCACUGAGGGGGAACCAGACCAUGGUGGAGAUCCUGUGCCUGAUGCUGGAAUACAAUAUCAUUGACAACAAUGACACCCAACUGCAGAUCAUCUCGACCCUGGAGAGCACAGAUGUGGGCAAGCGCAUGUACGAGCAGCUGUGUGACCGUCAGCGGGAGCUGAAGGAGCUGCAAAGGAAAGGUGGGCCCACCAGGCUGACACUGCCCUCCAAGUCCACAGACGCUGACUUGGCUCGUCUGCUGAGCUCUGGCUCCUUUGGAAACCUGGAGAACCUCAGUUUGGCCUUCACCAAUGUAACCAGUGCCUGUGCUGAGCACCUCAUCAAACUGCCUUCUCUCAAGCAGCUGAACCUGUGGUCCACUCAGUUUGGAGACGCCGGCCUGCGGCUCCUGUCGGAACACCUCACCAUGCUCCAGGUGCUGAACCUGUGCGAGACGCCCGUCACCGACGCCGGCCUGCUGGCCCUCAGCUCUAUGAAGAGUCUGUGCAGCCUAAACAUGAACAGCACCAAGCUCUCGGCCGACACCUAUGAAGAUCUGAAGGCCAAGCUGCCCAACCUGAAGGAGGUGGAUGUCCGCUACACGGAGGCCUGGUGAACCCCGGCUGCACAGGAGGAGUCUGCAAGUGCAACAAAACAACUUGACUAAUAGCUGUAGACCAGCCGCCCCUGGGGUCCCACCUCAGCGUCCCGGCUGAGAGCUAGAUGGGGGAGUCUUUCUGGGGGCGGAGGGCAGAGGGAGGAGGGUGGGAGGGGCUCCAGAAGCACGCCCGGCCCCCACCUAAAUCUUUUAGCUUCAUAAUUUGAAACCGUGACCUGCUCUAAAGUGGACUUUGUAGCAACGAGAGGAGUAUCAGCGGGGAGGGGGAGGGGAGGGUGGGGGGCCGGGUGGGGGAGACCCUUUGUGGAUUUUCUUUGCCUUUGUGUUUAAUGCCGUGUGGGAAAAGUCACCUCCGAUGCCACCUCACCGCGGUCCUGACCGGUUCGGAGGCCAGACCAAGGAUGCUUCUUUCCCGGCUCUCAGAGCCGAGGACCCGCCCCGCCACUGGGACAGGCAGACCUGGUCAUGUCAUUGCACCCGUCCUGUGUCCUUGCCAUUGCUAUGCAAAGUGAUCUCUGUUGUACAUAAGAUUUAAAUACUGCACCUAUUUAAGAAAUGUUGACCAAUUGCGGGUCUGGGACCUGCCUCUUAUUUAUGACGUCUCUGGCCCUCCCUCCCUCCUGCACCUUUGGCGCGUGGUACUGUACAAACCAGUCAGCUGUUGGGUUAGUGGUAGUAUUUUUGUUAUUUUUUUAAAGGACGCAAACAGAGAA